AUGUCUGGUGAGAGUAUAUAUAUUCACGAGUAUUUUGAUAGCAAGUCCGCCGAUUGGAAUAUUACAAGGUUUUUGAAGGAAUGCACGGAGAAGUCGUACCAGUUGAAGAUAGGCUUAUAUCUAAAAAGCUUAGAGAACAUUAUGAAUAACGAGCAAGGGAAUAGGAAACAAAAGGCACAGCUUCUUUAUGACAAAUAUAAGAAGGAUACUCGGCCAGACCAUCAAAUUGCCAAGAACUGGGAAGCGGAACGUAGAGCGAAUAAAACGAGUAGUGGACCAUCGAUUAAUAUUCAUAAUUCAACGUUUUCAGGAAGUGAUCAAAGAAUUGGAACAAUCAAUGAUGAAUCUUUCAAU